AUGCUGAAGUUCCUAACGAACCACAGGACAGUUUUGCGUUCGAUUUCCGGUGAAACACAAGCACCAAAGGAGCCGAAGAAAUUCUCAAAGUUUAGCAGCAGUUAUUCGGUUCAGCAGCAGUCGUGUCCAUUCUGCAGUGACGGACAACAUUGGACGUACCAGUGCAAGCGGUUCAGGGAGAUGAGAGUCGACGAGCGGAGGAAUGCAGUGAAGGUCAACGAUUUGUGCUUCAAUUGUCUCGGUCGCGGUCACACUUCAAAGGUCUGUUCCCGAGGCGCCUGUCGUGUUUGCGGUCAACGACAUCAUUCAUUGCUGCACAUCAACAGCACUAAUGAGCAGCAGGCACCGCAAUCGAACAAGCGCUCGCAACAGUCACCACAGAACCCACAAUCGAGUCAGACAAGUUCAUUCUCACAGCACGAAAAGCCAACACAUACCAAUCCUCAGCAAUCCUCAAACCAAUCUUCCAAAAACCCCAUUCCUAUAGCCAAUCCAAGCAUGCAAACGCCACCUACUCUAGACACUCCUAACGUUGUACUCACCGCUCAAGAAGCCAAGGUGUCACGAUCGGUUCUGCUAGCAACUGCGAUCGUGAUCCUUGAAGACCCGUUUGGAAACACCAUGCAAGCUAGAGCAUUGCUUGACAGCGGCUCUCAGCUGUGCUUUAUUUCUGAACGAGCAUCGCAGCGUUUGAAAUUCAAGCGCUCUCGCGAAGCACUUUCGAUUAGUGGUAUCGGUCAAGCCGCUAAGAAGUGCAAGCAAUCCAUUUUCGCUCGGGUUCGCUCUCGUAUUUCGUCGUUCACUGGGGAAGACGUAUUCUACGUGCUUCCACAAGUUACGCUUAACCUUCCCACCCGGAAGAUUGAUUCCAACAGUCUGCAACUUCCGGGGGGCAUCGCACUCGCCGAUCCACUUUUCACGGAACCCGGUAGCGUGGAUGUGAUUAUCGGGGCAGUAUUGUUCUUCGACCUGCUCCUCAAGGAGAAAUUCAAGCUCGGAGAGGAUGGACCAGUCGUACAAAACACGAACCUCGGCUGGAUUGUAUGCGGAAACCUUCCUGUCGAGACAGAUGUGCUGAGACCGCACGUUGCCAAUCUGUGCACCGAAAGGCUGGACGAUCUACUCACGCGAUUCUGGGAGCUGGAGUCGUGCAAAACGGACAAAUGUUAG